AUGACCAACUUCCGCCGCCUCGCCCUCGCCGUCGGAGCCCUGCUCCCCGUUGUCCUUGCCGCUCCCGCCGCUAUCAAGCGCGACGAGCCCAAGUUCGCCCCCGGCAAGUACAUCGUCACCCUCAAGGAGGAUGCCGCCGCCAACGUCGACUCCCACUUGACCUGGGUUGCCGAUGUCCACCGCCGCUCCCUCGGCAAGCGUGACACCGUCGGUGUUGAGAACAAGUUCAACAUCAGCAACUGGAACGCUUACUCUGGCGAGUUCGAUGAGGCCACCAUUGAGGAGAUCAAGAAGAGCCCCGAGGUCGCCCUUGUCGAGCCUGACUACUACAUGUACCUCUCCGACUUCGUCGUUGAGGAGGUCAACCCCAAGCGCGCCCUGACUACCCAGUCUGGCGCCACCUGGGGUCUCGGCACCAUCUCCCACCGCACCUCUGGCUCUACCCAGUACGUCUACGACACCUCGGCCGGUGCCAACACCUACGCCUACGUCGUCGACUCCGGUGUUCUCUCCACCCACAGCCAGUUCGGCGGACGUGCCACUCUCGGCUACAACGUCUUCUCCUCCGCCCACGUCGACUCCAUCGGCCACGGCACCCACGUCGCCGGUACCAUCGGUGGCUCUACCUACGGUGUUGCCAAGCAGACCAACAUCAUCUCCGUCAAGGUCUUCGAGGGCCGCCAGUCCACCACCUCCGCCAUUCUCGCCGGCUUCAACUGGGCCGUGAACGACAUUGUCUCCAAGUCCCGCGCUUCCCGCUCCGUCAUCAACAUGUCCCUUGGCGGCGAGGCCACUACCACCUGGACCACCGCCAUCAACGCUGCCUACAACCAGGGCGUCCUCUCCGUCGUUGCUGCCGGCAACGGUGACGAGAACGGCAACCCUCUCCCCGUCUCCAGCCAAUCUCCCGCCAACGCCCCCAACGCCCUGACCGUCGCCGCCAUCGACUCCAGCUGGCGUCCGGCCUCCUUCACCAACUACGGUGCCGGCGUUGACAUCUUCGGACCCGGUGUCUCUAUCCUGUCCUCCUACAUCGGCGGCAACUCUGCCACUGCCUCCCUCAGCGGUACCUCCAUGGCUGCCCCCCACCUUGCUGGUCUGGCCGUCUACCUCCAGGCUCUUGAGGGUCUCUCCACCCCCGCUGCCGUCACCAACCGCAUCAAGGCCCUCGGCACCACUGGCCGCGUUACCGGUACCCUGAGCGGCAGCCCCAACCUGGUUUCCUUCAACGGUGCCAGCGCUUAA